AUGGCCACUACAUCAAGGACUACCCUCAACUCCAUGAGAAACAUGGCGAGUGACAGCGAACCAAAGGUCUACUUUACUGGAACGAAGCUUCUUCAAGUGCCCUCCAUGUUCAGGUCUGCCUGCGAACUGGAUGCCCUGCCUUUUAUCAUGGAUCCGGCAGUCCACAAAGCUUCAACGAGUUCCGGAACCAAUGUGCUCAAUGGGCCAACGAUGUUCGCGAGAGACACCAAAACGGCGUGUACACACGAUGAAACUGGCCGACAAACCGUCUUCGAUGCUAUUCUAGACGCCGAGCCCAAUCACUCGACCAAGGGACUGGUAGACGAGGCAUUUCCACUAGCCAUUGGCGUCUGGUGCAUCUUGAAGAACCCCGAAGUUGAGAUGAAGAUGCUAGAGGACCUGCGCACAGUCGAAACAGUGAUGACUGCUGUGAUCCAUGAGACUCUUCGCAUAUCCUCCCCAGCUCCUGGUAUCCUUACACGUCUUGUGCCAGCUGAAGGAGCCAGAUAUGGCAGCCACUUACUGCCUGCAGAUCUCUUCUCGGACUUUGUCUCAACAGCGCAGCGCCUGAUCCACUACGGCCCAACCCUCUUCCCAGAGCCCGAGACCUUUAUGCCCGAACGAUGGCUCGACAACAGCGACAAGGUUUCCAAGGAGAACCUUACUCCAUUCAGCAAGGGCCCGCGGAUGUGCGUAGGCUUGAACUUGUCGUAUAUGGAGGCUUAUGUUUUCCUGGGCAACCUCAUUCGCUGA